AAUAAACACUUGCCUGUAGGAAAUGAAAUGUCAACUUCCUGAAGGUUAUAAAGCUGUGGCCACUUCCGACUUGGUGAACAGUCAUUUGAGAGCGUCAGAGGUAACAGCAUCAGUGUCAGUCGUGGCUGUGAUCUAACGAAAACUAGGCAGACAAAGAAAUGGCUGCACGUAACGCACUUUUAGCGAGGCCCCAAUGGCUUAUCGCCAACCAGCUGACAAUGCCGCUAAUAACAGUAGCCGACGACGGGAAAAAAUCUGUCCGCGGACUCGUUGCGGUGACUGUUCAGUUUACGAUUUUUCUCGACACUCUCUUUGUAGAGAAAGCUGUACAGGGGCAAGGAAGGAGCAUGGAACAGGACCAAUUUCAAAUCUACAAAAGUAUAGAGGGGGCCUUACAAGUAGCAGGAAUGGAUGGUAAAGCCUGUCUUCUGCGCACCAUUUGUGAGAUACAACAAAACCAGAUAGGACAGUACACAUUGGCAGGCGAAUUUGCUACUUUACUUCUAACUCCCAAAAAAGGAGAAACGGGAUUUACCGGGUUCCUUCAUGACUAUUUAAUGGCCGAGAAGGUUGGCAGAUCGCUCAAUCAGUCCUGCAGUGAUUCGUUUCCACGUUGCCCACUGUCACUUUUUGAAUACUUCCGUUCGUACGGGACCAGCAGUGCGGCCAAUGAUGCAGCUAACCACGAUGAGAUUCUUGAGCCGAGUUCCAUUCCCGAAGAGAUUGAGCCGUUAAAGCAUAGCUCAUCUGCAACGAGAGACGAUAACGGAGCUGACCACCAAAUGAAAAUGGAAAACGACGCAACGUCCGUCCGGAAGAAGCAUCCCUUUGGAGUGGGAAAUGAAAUUUAAUCGCCACAGUUUUAUUUAUUUAAUGUAUAAUGCAAUUUCUGUUUGAAAUGAAAACAAACGUGAUUAGGAGCGAUGUUCCUAGAUUUCGAUAAAGCUGAAGAUUGCUGUCAAGAAGAGACGACUGCCUGUAUCAACAAAGUGGAAACGCUACAUUUAAACGAUGAUUUAUUUAUUACUAUGAUGUACCCAUUUUGGGUUUAUUCAAAAAAAUCCACACAUGUAAAAUACAAACCUGAAUCGAAA